GUUCGUUUCAUUCUCUGCCGCGCCGUUGACAAUUGACGUUCAAUCGCUUUUUCCAUUUGCUUUUUAUUUUCUUUCCUCCUGCUUUGUUUCUCCUUUGGUCCGGCGUCUAAAUGCCUUUUGAAUAUUAAUCAGACAUUGAGCGACGAACUGCAAAAAUUCGAGAAGCGGCUAACGAAAAUCAAAAAUCACUGUCGAUUCGAAGGGAGUGUGAACACUACUACCACAAGCGAACAAAAAACAUAGCAGAAGCGCGACAACGCCGGCAGAGGCAGAGGUAGACGCAGAAGCAGCGGUUGCAGUGUGCGACAAAAGCAGAAUAACGGAGAAUCAGAAACUAAUCAGCCGGCAUAGGCAAUAGGCUACGAAUCCAUCUAGUGUCCAGUAAUCGGUAAAAUUCGAAAUGGAGGAGAACAAUUCCCGUGUGCUGAGCCUGCUCGGCGGGUUGGCCAUCGGCAUUGUGGGCUUGCAGGUGUUCCGCAAGGUCCUGCCCUGGAUUUAUGCGAAUGUGGUGGGACCCAAGGUGUUUGGCUCCUCCGUGAAUCUCGCCAAGAUGGGCGAGUGGGCAGUUGUCACUGGAUCCACCGAUGGAAUUGGCAAGGCCUACGCCAAGGAGCUGGCUCGUAGGGGACUGAAGCUGGUGCUGAUUAGUAGAUCACUGGAUAAGUUGAAUGGAGUUGCCAAGGAGAUAAGCGAUAAAUAUAACGUGGAGGUGCGUGUAAUCGAUGUGGACUUCACCGGAGGUGCCGAAAUCUACGAAAAGAUCAAUAACCAGAUCAAAGGCAUGGAUAUCGGUGUAUUGGUCAACAACGUGGGUAUUAGCUACAGCCAUCCCGAGUACUUCCUCGACUGCUACAAGGCUGAUCCGCAGUUCUUGCGCAAUAUAGUUUCGGCUAAUAUUCAUUCGGUUACACACAUGACCGCCCUAGUCCUGCCGACCAUGGUCGCAAAGGGUCGCGGCGUGAUCAUUAACUUGUCCUCUACAGCUGGCGUCAUUCCCAAUCCCCUGCUAAGCGUGUACAGUUCCACAAAGGCCUUUGUGAACAAGUUCAGCGACGAUCUGCAGACUGAGUACAAGGACCAAGGCAUCCUUAUCCAAAGCGUGCAGCCAGGCUUCGUGGCCACCAACAUGUCGAAGAUCCGCAAGGCCACCAUUUUCGCUCCCUCACCGGAGACGUAUGUGCGCUCCGCGCUUUCCACUUUGGGAAUUGCUGGCCAGACGGCUGGCUACCUUCCCCAUGCACUGCUCCAGCUGGUGAUUCACCUUACAGAGGCGGUAUUCGGAGAGCAGUUCGCUCGCAACGUGGUGCUUAAGAAUAUACUGGGCACCCGGAAGAGGGCACUGCGUCGUCUAACCAAGGAACAGUAGGAGGGCCGAUGCUGCCUUUAUAGCAUUCCCCGCUGGAGGAGAUGGCAUUUAAGUGGAGUCGGAGGUUGGGGCUGGGCUUGUGGGGAAUCCGGCUGGUAUCAGCUUACAAUGUGUCACCUCACCGCUUGUCAAACGAACAAACAGAACAAAAGAAGGCUUAAAUACCAAAAAUAAAACAUUACACAAAUAAAGAACUAAAUCUACUUAGUUCUUUGCCAUUAAAUUAAACAUUGGAAAUUCACAACUGUCGCAGCACACAGCCAUGACACAUGUAAACAAGAAAUUAAUACUGUGUGUAAGCCAUACAUAAAUUAGAUAAAUAUAUCGUCUAGUUUCUGU